AUGGCGCUGCAGCUGCGUGCCACACGCCAGACUAGCGGGGAGGGGGGUUCGGUGCUGCCUGUGGCCACGCUGGUGUUGCCAGCGACGCAGGAUCUGUUCAAAGUGCCCUCGGCUAGCGCCCAGCAGCAGCAGCAGCAGCAGCAGCAUCAGCAGCAGCAGCAGCAGCAGCAGCAGCUGGAGGAGGAGGAGGAGGAGGAGGAGGAGCAGGGGGAGGACAAGCCAGAGCAGCGGCUGUUUCAAAUGGCUCUGCAGACGGUUUUGGGCAAGCUGCGGGAGCUGCCGGCGGCAGCUGACGUGCCAGCUGGCUUUCUGAGCCCUGAAGGCAUCAGUUUUGCCUGCAUUACCACGAACAUCGCUGCCGUCGCCGCCGAAAAUCACGUGACAAGGACAGCCUUGGCGAUAUUCGGCGCGCAUGGCGACGCAGCAAUGGAUGAUGACGUCACUACGGCCUGCCGCUGGUCGGCAUCGCGCGCCGUCAUCGCGCCGCCGAUGCUCGAAUCUGGUGGCACCGCCUCGCUCGCGCGCCUGCCGGCCGCGAUCGCCGCAGAGGCGCUCGGCGCAGCCGCGGCUCUCGCGUGGCGGCGGCUGCUGCCGGGAGCUGCAGAGGGCGGGGCGUCCAUGGUUGCGGCGCUGAACGAGAUGGCUGCCGCCCUCGCUGGCGCGGCGCUGGCGUCGGAGAAAGCGCAAAAGGACGUCCGCUUGGAUGUCGGCGUGUCGCAUGCCUGGGCGGCGGCGCAGGCCCUCACCUGCAGAAUGGCCACGGAGCGGCCCUCCCGGUCGCCGCCAAACGAGACGCGGCGGCUCGCCGACCUGCUGACGGGUGUCCUCUUUCCGUGCUUCAUCGACUACCAGCUGUGGCGGGAACAAGAUGUCCCCCACACCGCCUCCCAGCUGGAGUUUGCAUCCCCCCUGGUGGGAUUUGACGCGCUGGCGGCCCUCGCGGAGCACCAUCACAGGUGUGGGGACACCAGGCGCGCGCUCUUCUUUGCGCGCCACGGCCUGUGGGUCUGGUAUGCGCGCGUGUCCACAGGUCGAGCUGGCAACGCGUUUGAGGAGGUGGACGAGCGCGCCGCCUGCCGGCCCUUCUUCCACAUGUGGCGCGACGCGUAUGGGCUGGCGGCAGAGGGCUAUGCGCCAGACGAGCUGAUGGAGGUGCCCAGCUCGGUGUGGCUCUGCAGGUGGCAGUACAUCACGGCGCAGGUGGAGAUCGAGCAGCGCGUCGGCACCUCCGGCAAGCUGGCUCAGCGGCUGCUGCUGCCGACGGCGCACUCAUCCCCCGUGCCUCAGGACAAGCACAGCUGGGUCCUGGAGCCGCGCUCGCGCCUUGAGGCGGGCGUGCCGCCAAGGCUGCUGCCGCUCCUCAAAACGUGCUUUGGCGACGGCCGUGAGCGGCUGCCUGUAAUUCUGCGACAGACCGCUGCCGAGCACGCUGCGGACAGCGAGUUUGCAGGGUUUCCCGUGACCACCGGCGGCUUCAAAGUGAGGCACGCACUGGCCAUGGUCACCUCGCGCCUGGGCCACGCUUCGCCCUGCGCGGCCGGCAAGGCGCGGAUGUGGCUGGACCUCGAUCUCUUCGAGGCGGUGCUGAUGGCCGAGGUGGUGCGAAGGGGCGCGGUUGCCAACGGCGCACUGCCGGCGAAACUGCUUGCUGACCUGGCACCGGCCGCCGCAGCGGCAGCCGCAUGCAGCCCUGCAACUGGCGCGCACGCAGUCGGCGCCGCGGCGGCGCUGUCAGAGGGCGAGCUGCUGUCUCUGCGAUGCGCGGGCGCAUUCGCCGCUUGCGAAGACGCGCCGCUCAAUGAGGUGUCGGCCCGCUGCGCGCGGCUGGCGGCGGCCGUUGCGGCCGCAGACGCGAAGGGCCGGCUGUCCGAGGCCGAGGCGGCGCGGUGCCGCGCGCUGCUGGAUCUGUCGGUGGCGCUGCUGCCCGCGCGCUGGGCGACGCUGCCGGAGCCUUUUGAGGCAACGGCGGCGCUCUACGAGCGUGGGCCGCUCAGCACGACUGACUACCCCGGGGCGGCGCAGGAGCACCAAUCCUCGCUGGAGGGGAGCUUGGACGUGGCCUUGGCGCUCUUCCGCCGCGCCCCUACAGCCCUCCUCACUGCCCGCAGCCGUAGCCGCGGCCCCGGCCCCGGCAUGUGGCUGUCCAAUCUGCGCCGCUCCACCCUCAAAUUCUGGGCUCCUCGGCUGGCAGCUGCAGGGGACGCAGCUGCGCUGGAGGGCUUGGUUCUGGAGUUUGGGCGGGGCGUCGGCGUGUGGGGGGACCAGCGGGACCAGCGGGAGGAGAUGCAGGCGCUCGACGAGGCCGUCAUGACCCUGCUGAUAGAAGUGGGCAGCCUGCUAGCAAGCGCGGGCAGCGGCGACCGCGGCAACACGAGCCAUUCCGCCGCCCUGCGCCUCCUGCCCCUGCUGCCCGGGCCGCUGCCGCGCACGGCGUACCACAUCAUGAGGAAGGCGUGCCGCAUGGCCGGCGGGCGCGGCUCCAGCGGGGACCUCGACGCGGCGCGGCAGGCGCUUGCAGAUGCGACGGCGGCGGUUGCAGGGUGGGGCGACGAGGAGUUGUGUGCGACGGUUGCGGGCCAGCUGGACGACGAGUUGACUAAGCUCUUGGCAGGCAGCCAGAGGGAGCAGGAGGAGGUGCCAGGUCAGGGCAGCCAGAGGGCGGCGCGGGCGAUCAUCAUCGCGCACGCAUACGAGCCGCUCGGCCGCCACCCCUCCCAAGAAGCGGCGCAGGCUCUGAUCCGCGCCGCGCCCCACCUGGCGCCGCUGGCACGGCUGAUCCGCCGCCGCGGCGCCGGCGGCGCGGUGCUGGCUGCAAGUCUUGUCAGGGCUGCGGGCGACGUUGGGCGGCAGGAGCUCAGUUUGCAGCUGCUGCGAACCGCCUGGCGCGGCGGGCAGCUGGCUGGCGAGGCCCUGAGCGAGAUUCUGGGUUCGCUGGCGCUCGCCUCCUCGCAGCAGGGCGAUGAUGCUUCGGCGCUGCGCCUGUUACGCCUGACGAGCACGGGGGUGCUCGAGCCAUCGCCCGGCACGCGGCACCUGCCGCUGCCAGGGGUGCCGGUGCCGCUGCCGGCCAGCGCCGCGGCGGCGCUGAUCGCAUCUCUUAUGGCGGCCGAGGCGCGUGCCUCGUCGGCGGCGCCGGGGCCGCCGGCCGCGGCGCUCGUCGAGGCGUUUGACUGCCUCUGCCACGCGGCCGGCGGCGACGCAGCGGCCGUCGGUCGGUUAGAGGCGGCAACUGUCAAUGGAGUGCUGGCGGCCUUGGCCCAGCAGGGCAAGCACGAGCGCGCAUGGGCGCUGGUGGCUGCCACCGGCGGCCCCCACACCAAUCAAGGCGCCAACGCCCUCGCCGCGCUCACGGACGCGUGGGGUGCGCUGCCCGCCGCUGCUGCCCCGCCACCAACGGCCGUCCUGCAGAGCGCGGCGGAGGCGGCGGCGCACACGGCAGGCGCGGAGGCGGAUGCGCGGCGCCUGCUUGGCCUUUUGGCCCGCUCCACAGGCGGGCCAGACGGCCCUGCGGCCGCCCUGGCGCUGAGCGACGAUGCACUCUCCUCAUACCUCCUGGCUCACGUUUUUGCCGGCGACCUCGGCCGCGCGACAGCGCUGGCGUCAGCGUCAGCGAUCAGGGACGGCGGCCACCAGCUUCCGCCGCAGACGUGGGCGCGGGUGCUGCAGGGGUGCACAGCAAGUGGGGAGGGGCAGGCCGCGGCCAGUGAGCUCUUGUCGCUGAUUGCGCACGAGAGCCUGGUUGCAGGGGCACAGGCGGCGCUCACGGGCGCGACGAGGGAGGCUGAGGAAGCGGGCGGCGGGCGCGCCGCGGCGCUGGGUCGGGCGCUGCAGUGCGCUCUGUCUUCGGCUGCAGUGCACGACGCCGGCUUUGCCGUGCGCACAGCCUACGCAGCCUCUGCCCGCGCUGCCGCUGCCGCGGCAGCGGGGCAGGAGGACGCGGAACGUGAGCAGCUGCGUCUCGCGGCCGGCUGGGAGGAGGUCGCACACGCCGCAGCCGAGGCACGGCUUGAGCUCGCAGCCUCCUGCGCCGCCGCUGCUGCAGACGCUCCAGGCCACUGGUUCCAGCUGCCGGAGGGCGCCGGCGGCAGGGACGCGGAGGCCGCAGCGCGGCGGCUGGCGCUGCUGCUGUGCUCCGCCGCGGGGCUGCACGCGGCGGUUUUGGAUCUGUACCAGGAGUACCGGCAGGCGGGGGGGCGCCUGGAUCUCGGGGGCGGCGUGCUGGAGGCGGCGCUGGUGGCGGCCACCGCAGAACCGGAGCUGGCGGUUGGGUCCGCGGAUGCGUCGGCCACGAUUGAGGGCUUGGAGCGGUUCUUGUUUGAGGGAGGUGCUCUGUGGGUGGCAGGGUCGGAGCAGCUGCAGGAAUUCCCUCCAGAGGCGGUGGAGGGUGGGCUGGAGCUGCUGGACUGCGCGGCCGCAGAGCCGCAGGCCGCCGCGCGGAUGGCGCGCCGCCUGCUCGCGCUGUGCGAACAGCGCAGCGGUGCGGCGGCGGCGGCGGCCGGCGGCGAUGGAAAGGGGACCGCGGCGAGGGGGGAAAGGGCGGGUGCGGCCGGGGGUGGCGGUGCAGUCAGCGCGCGGGCGGUGUUUGCAGGGGACCAACCGGCGCUACCGGCGGCGGAUGCGGGCGUGUGCGCGGCGGCGGCUGGUGCGCUGGUGGCGGCUGGCGAGGUGGCCGAGGGCUUGGGGCUGUUCUGUCGCGCGGCUGAGAUGGCGCAGGCUGUUGCAGGCGGCCCUGACGACAGUGGACGCUGCCACGGCGCCCGUGCGCCGCACGCGUCGCUGCAGGCGGCGGCGGCGCGUCUGGCGCAGCAGCUGCUGGCUGCCGGCCGCGCCGCCGCGCUGGCGCCGCUGCUGCGGCUGCUGUCUGGCGCGGGCGUUGAACGGCUGUUGUGCGCGGCCCUCCUGUCAUGCCUGAUUGACUCCCUGGAUGACAUCAGCGCUGAUGAAGCCAUGGCGGUCGAGUUUGGGCGGCCCUUCUUGGACGCUCUGGAGCAGCUGGCUUACGGUGACGCAGGCCCCCUGGGCGCGGGCCAGGCCGGGGUGCUGCUGCCGCGCUCGCAGGUAGAAGUGGACUCUGCCGCGGCGCGCGAAGAGCUGCAGCGCGCUCUGGGGUGA